AAAAGACAGCAUGCCGGCCGAUCUUAUCGUAAUCUCACAAAAGACACCAGCUAGCCAGUGAUGCAUGUGAGCUAAAAACCAAUACAGCUAGGGAAAUUUGUCGCGCGACACGGACCAGCUGGCCAACAAUCAACUUGGCCGGAGGAUGGCGUCGCCGACGAUGGAUCUGGACAUCUCGUCGCUUCCCCUGGAGACACGCUGCCCGCCGUUCCGGCUCAGGCAGUGCGGCGGCUUCUGGCUGCCGGAGACGAGCCUCCCGGGCAUCGCCGCCGUGCACGCGUCCUUCGCACCGAGGCCGGAGGACAUUCUCCUGGCCAGCUUCCCCAAGUCCGGCACCACCUGGCUCAAGGCCCUCGCCUUCGCCACGCUCCACAGGGCCGACCACCCGCCACGCGCCGCCGACCACCCGCUCCGCCGCCUCAAUCCCCACGGCUGCGUCAAGUUCUUGGAGCUGGACUUGGGCCUUCCGGCACAAGAUCCUAAAGGCGGAGCUAGCGGCGUGCUGGCCACCCACCUGCCUUACUCGCUUCUAGGGAGGCGUAUCACGGCGGAGGAUUCCGGUUGCCGGAUCGUGUACAUUUGCCGAGACCCCAAGGACGCCUUCGUCUCCUCCUGGCUCUUCACCAAGAAAAACAUGGACAUGGCGGCGGCCAUGGAUGCCGCCAACAACGACAGCCCACCAAGCAAAGCUACUAAGGCACUCUGCACGCUCCAAGAGGCGUUCGAGCUAUUCUGCGACGGGCGAUCAUUCUACGGCCCGCAAUGGCACCAUGUCGUCGGCUACUGGCAAGAAAGCCGGAGGAACCCACAUAAGGUGCUGUUCCUCCGGUACGAGGAGAUGCUCCAAGAUCCUGUAAGCAACCUGAAGAAGCUGGCCGAGUUCAUGGGGUGCCCCUUCUCUGCCGAGGAGGAAGCGGCGGGGGCCGUGCGGGACAUCGUCGAGCUGUGCAGCCUCGACACCCUCAGGAACAUGGAGGUGAACAGGAAUGGUGCUCAGUUGCUGGCCAGGAACGACGGCUUCUUUCGCAAAGGGGUAGCCGGAGACUGGAGAAACCACAUGACGUCAGCAAUGGCGGCAAGGCUAGACAGAAUCGUCCAGGACCAACUGCAAGGGUCAGAUUUUACCUUCACCGUCGCCGCUCAGGCAACUACGUGAGUGCAACGGGUGUAAAACUUGUGAUGAAUCAAUAAAGUCAUCCCUUUUUCAUCUU